GAAAGCAAAGCCACUGCUUUUGAAGCCUCCCCUUAGUCUGGGGCUCGGUGUUGUUGCCAUGGCAGAUCCUUCUGGGAAAGGAUGAAGAGCAGCUGUGCGCCUGCUCUGAGGCAGCACGGUACAUCUUGCGCUAGCCUGUCGCGGCAGCCAUUCAAAGCGGCCAUCACAAAGACAAGGGAGAGAGCAGGGAAGGAGGAGGACUUAACUACUAAGAUGCUAGCAGCUGGUACAAGCAAAAUGAUACUUUUAGCGCCUUUACUUCUGAUGGCUGGGCUGCUUUCUACAAAGGCUGCUACAGCAGAAGAAGAAUCAGGAACAGCCAUUCCUGCUGAAAGUCGCCCAUGCGUUGACUGCCAUGCCUUCGAAUUCAUGCAGAGGGCUUUGCAAGAUUUAAAGAAGACAGCAUACAAUUUAGAUUCACGAACGGAGACAUUGCUCUUCGAAGUGGAGAAGAGAACCCUCUGUGACUGUUUAACCGCCCAUGCCCUGAACUGAGUCCAGGAGGUUCCAUCUAGGAGUGUCUUCAACAGCACCCAUCACACUGCAGUUAGGAGACAAACCAUGCAAGCAUGUAAAUCUGAAUACUUAUGAAACUAAGUGGAGAAUUUUGGCAUGAGACUGUUGUGCCUGCCUUCAGAGUGUUUAUGGCUUUCCCCUCCAUCCGACCUCAUCUUCUGUCAUCAGGAGUUGCCAGAUACUUUCCAAAGAAAAGAACAAGGCGGGAGGGACUCGGUGAUGGAUUAGAGUUUUGUUUUCGGAAGCUUUCCUUUUUAAUAUAUUUUCCCCCCAAUCAAAGAAAUCUAAAAGUAAUCAGUAAGGACCACAGCAGGGAUUCUGGGGAUCUUGUGCUGGGACUCUUUUCCCGUGAGUGUUUUUAGAAGUAAUUGAAUAUUUAUACUGAAUAAUGUAUACAAAGCAGAUUUUGAUCCUAUGCAAAAUAUGAUUUUGGUAGUGCGCAAAAGAUUUAAAGUAAAAUGAAACAGAAUCAAGUUGGAGGAUCAGUUGUUAAACAAUUUGUUUAAUUAUGAAAAAGAAUCAACUGAAAUCUAAUUAAAAUUUAAAAAGUAGCAGCAACUCAAGAAGAGACUUCACCAAAAGCCACUUCAGGGCAAGAAGAAGGUGCCCUUUUCCUUGCCUCCAUCACCACCACCACCCUGAAUGAAUGACCCCUUCACUGCCAUUUCUCCUCCAGGCAACAGCCACUCUCUUCCCUGUAGCAACAUGCAGAAAAGAUUUGCAGCAUGAGGAUGUGAGGGAGCUGCAGUGGGAUCUUGCAGUGCUCCCCUGCUGGAUCAUGGCCACGGAGGGCAAGCUACUCUAGAGCUAGCGUGCCUUUUAGACACCAUGAAAUAGCUGUUUGAAUGGCACAGCCGAAGGGCCGAGCAUUGAACGUAUUUCAGCCCGUACCUGGUCUGCUGCUAAAGGGGCCUCUUCUUUUUACAGUUGGGCCAGUACCAUCAUAAACGCCCCUUUCCUUCCCUGGCGCAUAGGUCUUUUCUAAGCGGAUUCUUCUUCCUUCAGAAUUGUUAGGCUAAUAGACUAAAACUCCUGUCAUUAAUUGAUUAAAAACUGAAAAUUCAGGUCUAAAAAUAAAUAGGUAAAUUGUUCUCCAAUUGAAUGCCUUAUGUCAACUUGUUUGGUGGACCUGUGAGGGUCCAUAAUAGAUCAGGAGAGAAAAGAGCCAACUCCGAAUCCAUAAUGACACUCUUAAUAUAAAUAAUUGAUGAAGUAAAUUUCUCAUUGCAAGAUUGAAAAACCACUGACUUUUUGGGGUGAGGGGGAGGUUCAUCUGCAGAAAGGAAACAGUUACAAAAACUAUCAGUCAUGUAAUGUAACUUCUCCUUGACUUGAGGGAACAAGGUUUCACUUCGGUAGAAGGUCUAAGACAUUAGGGAACAAGGCCUACAAAAGAUUUCAUUUUUCUACCUUUUUCUUAUAGAUACAUGCAAGUGCAUCUCUAGCCAUAUCUUCAUACUUCUGGGACUUGGUGCAUUGAGUAAUUUGUAGUUCAUCUGUUAUCUCCCAACCAUUUUAGCUGAACAAUGUUCUUCCAUUAUCAGUGUAUCAUAGACAUUAUCUGUGUAUCAAUUUUUUUCUGAGAAAUGUUUGUGUGUGUGUGUAUGUGUAAAUGUACAAACACAGUAUUCAGGAAAUAGACUUUUUAAAAUAAAGA